AUGGAUUUGCAGCAGCGCGAAGAAGGAAGAUUAUCUCAACGCGGAGAACGGUCUGUUGAACUAGGUGGCGCCUUGAAAGGUUUCAGAGAUAUCUUAGACAAUCUCUGUCAUCCAGAGCUCAAUCCAGAUGGAUAUGUCAGCUUAGGUAUCGCGGAGAAUCUACUAAUGCAUGAUGAGAUGACGGAAUUUGCAAAUAGCAGGGCAAACGGCUCAGCAGGCAGUAAGCGUCUUCGGGCAGCUGUGGCACGCUUUUUGAACCGCAAUUUCCACCCGCAUCUUUCCGUGGAAACUAGUCAUGUUUCAGUCCUAUCGGGCAUUACUAAAGCGAAUGAGAUGCUCGCCUGGUUGAUUGCAGAUCCAGGGGAUGCAUUCCUACUUGGACGACCCUACUAUGGGACCUUUCCGAUGGACUAUAUGGCUAGAGCUAGCGUUAAAACAGUGGGAGUCGACUUUGGGCACACUGACCCUUCCAGCGUCGAUGCGUUGGCGCAUUACGAGGAUGCCCUCCUCCAAGCCAAAAUUGAUGGUGUGGUGGUGAAGGCCUUGAUGCUCUGUAGUCCCCAUAACCCACUAGGUCGGUGCUUUGCUCCAGAAGUUCUCAAAGCAUUCCUAGCGUUUUGCCAGAAGCACCAGAUUCACAUUAUCAGCGAUGAGGUGUACGCUCUGUCUGUGUGGCAUAACAGAACCGCUCCUGAUGCCCCUACCUUCACCUCGCUCUUAUCCAUUGACCUUACGGGCAUUAUCGAUCCUGGCCUGGUUCAUGUCCUCUGGGGAAUGAGUAAAGACUUUGGAGCCAAUGGCCUCCGCCUCGGUUUCCUGGUAGACCAGGGAAAUAAUUUACUGGAGACAUCUUUUUCUUCGCUCUCACUUUUCAGUUGCCCUUCAUCCGCCUCGGAUCAUAUUGCAACAAUCGUCUUAGAAGACGAUCAGUUCACUGAGAGCUUCAUUCGCACGAACAAACAGCGUCUUUCCCGAAAUUAUGAAUUUGUGACCGAGGGGCAAUCGGGCAUCUUCAUACUAUGGGCAGACUUGAGAAAAGCGUCAGGAGUCAGGGGCCCAAGACAUGUCAAUAAUGAAUCUUCACUUAGUACUCGACUACUUUCGAAGAAGGUAUAUCUGGCUGAAGGGGAACUGUUUGGCGGCGAACCAGGUUGGUUUCGAAUCGUCUUUUCGCAGCCCAAAGCAUAUUAA